AUGCACAUUAUACUUCCAGAAAGACCAUUCGAGACAAGCUUAGCGACACAGAAGGAAGACGACUAUUGGGAGGACGAAUGCGAUCGAAGGCAGCACAAAAAUCCAGCGAUCACACCUCAAUCCGCUCCCGAUCGUGGCGUAAAGGGCUCUCACGCCGCGCUUCCUGUAGUGCAAGGAAUCAAGCUCCUCCCUACCCAUCAGCUCCCAGACCGUUUUAGGGCCAUAUUUCCCUUUCCGCUUCUCAAUGCUGUUCAGUCGAAGAGCUUCGAUACCAUAUACAAAACCGAUGACAAUUUCGUUCUCUCAGCGCCGACGGGCAGUGGCAAGACGGCAGCGAUGGAGCUUGCAAUCUGUCGAAUUGUCAACAAACUGGCCAACGGUACUUUUAAAAUCGUUUACCAAGCCCCGACGAAAUCGCUCUGUGCCGAACGUCAACGAGAUUGGCAAGCAAAAUUUGGUCCCCUGGACCUGCAAGUUGCGGAAUUGACCGGUGAUACAGACUCAUAUCAAAUUCGCAAUGUGCAACAUGCCAGCAUCAUCGUCACUACUCCAGAGAAGUGGGACAGUAUAACCAGAAAAUGGAAGGAUCAUCAGAAACUUAUGCAGAUGGUGAGACUGUUUCUGAUCGACGAAGUGCAUAUUCUCAAGGAAGAUCGAGGGGCGACUCUGGAAGCAGUUGUGUCUCGCAUGAAGACUAUGGGGACCGAAGUUCGUUUCGUGGCGUUGAGCGCCACGGUCCCGAACUCUCAUGACAUCGCGACAUGGUUGAGUAAGAAUUCCUCAGGUCCAAAUGUUCCAGCGGCGCUUGAGAGGUUUGGUGAAGAAUUUCGCCCGGUUCCUCUUCAAAAGCAUGUUUGCGGCUACAAGUCUGCGCUGAACGACUUCGCCUUUCAGAAAACACUCAAUAGUCAGCUCACAGAAGUGAUAAUGAAAUGGUCUCAAGGUAAGCCGCUAAUGAUUUUCUGCUUCACGCGCAAUGGGUGUGUGGAAACGGCGAAGAUUCUCGCGACAUGGUCGCUGGACAUGACCCACCCGGAUCGACUUUGGCCAAUGCCAGCACGGAAGUUUGCACUGGAUUCCAAAGACCUGCGAGAGACUAUGCCAGCUGGUGUCGCUUUUCAUCAUGCGGGACUGAGCCUUCAAGAUCGAAACACUGUUGAGAAGGCUUAUCUCGACGGCCACAUCGGUGUUAUUUGCUGUACCUCGACGCUUGCUGUCGGCGUGAACUUACCUUGUCAUAUGGUCAUCAUCAAGGGCACGGUCAUGUACACCGGUGGCGCAGCUACUUCCGCUUGCAAAGAGUACUCCGAUCUAGAGACCAUGCAGAUGCUGGGUCGUGCCGGCCGGCCUCAGUUUGACGCCAGCGCCAUCGCUGUCAUCAUGACCCGUCUCCAUCGCGUGGAAUUCUAUGAAAAGAUGAUCAGCGGACAGGAAAUCUUGGAGAGCUGUCUUCACCGAAAUCUCAUAGAUCAUCUGAACGCAGAGAUCGGCUUGGGCACCGUGACUAGCAUUGCCACUGCGAAACAAUGGCUGACAAGCACCUUCCUCUUCGUACGCCUCAAGGCCAACCCCGAUCAUUACCUGAUCGAUGGCGAUGAGCCAGGCCGAAACCUCGAGGAUCGCCUGGAAAGAAUUUGUACCAAAUAUGUGACGCAAUUGCAAGAAACAGAUCUCGUCAAGAAGACCGCAAACCUUGAAUGUACAGAAUUUGGCGAGGCCAUGGCCCGCUACUCGCUCAAAUUCGAGACCAUGAAGGUCUUUUUAAGCCUGCCAAACAAGGCAAAAAUCUCAGAGAUUUUGUCUGCCAUUGCAAAUGCGAGUGAAUUCAGAGACAUCAGGUUCCGUGCAGGCGAGAAACCUAUCUACAAGACCAUGAACAAGAAUGCCGCUAUCAAGUUUCCCAUCCCUGUCAAUAUCGAUAUCCCAGUCCACAAGAUCUUGCUCAUCAUUCAAUGCGUACUUGGAUCUAUUGAACUUGAUGUUGAAGACAACAAACAUCGUCAAGAAUUUGUUUCAUGCAAAUCAGUCAUCUUCCUGCAUGCCACAAGGCUGAUUCGUUGUAUCGUGGAUUGUAAGCUGCUUCUUCGGGACUCUGUCGGAGUCCGCAACGCCCUGAUGCUUGCUCGUAGCUUCGGCGCACAAAUUUGGGACGAUUCACCUCUCCACAUGAGACAACUUGAGUCCAUCGGUGCCGUUCUCGUACGCAAACUCGUCGCAGCGAAUAUUAAUUCGAUUGAGGAUCUCUGCCAGAUCGAGCCGCACAAAAUUGAACUUGCCACUUCCCGCAACACACCAUUCGGCACACAACUCCAAGAACGAGCCCGAAGCUUUCCGAAUCCGCGAAUAUCUUUGAAAGUCGUGGGCGAGCCUCAAGUGAAGAAAGGCGUCCAUGUCGCCAUCAUGCUCAGGGCUGAGAUAGGCUUCACGAAUGAGAAGCUUCCCGAGACGUUCAACCGAAGACCUGUCUUUGUUUGCCUGAUCGUCGAAACAUCCGACGGUAGCUUAAUCCAUUUUGCUAGAAUGAGCGCGAAAAAGUUGGAUGGUGGCCAAGACCUGCUCUUCACUGCGGAUUUGACCAAGCUCACACAAGCAAUUCGUGGUCACGUCAUGUGCGAUGAUAUCGCGGGAACUCAGCAAUCCGUUUUCCUCAAACUCGAGAUACCGAACUUCAUGUUUCCUGUGCCGAAGUUACAGGAGGCUCCUGCUGAACACCAUAGUAACAAGUCACAUCUAGAGCAGAGCGGCACAAAGCGACGCAACGUAUUCCCGAGCGAAACUGCCGGGUCCCACGACAAAGACGAUCACUUCGGUGAUGAUAGCAUCGACGAUGCCGAUCUCGUGCUAGCCGAGUCGAAAGGUUUUACACACAUCGAUUCGUACGAAUCAGCUGACGAGCACAAUCUUGCCGACACCAAAGGCGUAGCAAAUCGCAGCGAAGCACGGCAAUUGCAAAAUGGCCGUUGGGCGUGUAAUCACGCAUGCAAAGACAAAUCCAGAUGCAAGCAUCUCUGCUGCCGGGACGGUCUGGACAAGCCUCCAAAAAUGCCCAAGCAAAAGUCGGUCAGACAAGAACCGAACUCC